UCGGCCGGCGGCGCCAUGCGGAAAGGGCCGGGUGCCGGGGCCCGGCGCGGCCGGGGAGGGGGCGGCCCGGAGCCCAGCGCCCGCCCGCGCCGCGCCCCCCCGCGCCUGCUCCUCCUCCUCCUUCUGCUGCUGCUGGCGGCCGGCGCCGGCCUGUACCUGGGCUGGGGGUCCGGGGCCGGCGGGGGGCAGCCGCGGGGCCCGCCCAGCGCGCAGCUUGGCCACAAGCCCCGGAGCCUCUCCAGUAGCCAGGUGAAGCGGCUGGCCUCCCUGGUGGACCUCCGGCGCCUCUGGAACUCCUUCCUGAAGCCCAUGCUGAUCGAGCGGUACCCGGGCAGCCCGGGGAACAGGAAGGUGCGGCAGUUCGUUGUGGAUAGCCUGGCCACGCUGACUGCGGGCUGGCGGGUAGAGCUGGAUACCUUCGAGGACCGGACACCGCGGGGUGUCGUAGGCUUUGCCAAUGUGGUGGCCACGUUGGACCCCGCUGCCGGGCGGCGCUUGGUUCUGGCCUGCCACUAUGACUCCAAGUACUUCCCCCGCGACCGGCAGGGCCGCACCUUCCUGGGGGCCACCGACUCGGCCAUGCCCUGUGCCAUCCUGCUGGAACUGGCCACGGCCUUGGACGCGGAGCUGCUGAAGACCAAGAAGCAGGGCUCCGAGGUGACACUGCAGCUGUUGUUCCUGGACGGCGAGGAGGCCUUCGGGGAGUGGAGUGAGAGGGAUUCCCUGUACGGGGCGCGCCACCUGGCUGAGCACAUGGCCAAGGCUCAGCACCAGCCGGGCACCAGCCAGCUCCAGGCUAUGAGCCUGUUUGUCUUGCUGGACCUGCUGGGGGCCCGCCACCCGACCAUCCAGAACCACUUCCCCCUCACUGCCUCCUGGUUCGACCGGCUCGUCGGCAUCGAGAAGCGUCUGCACCGGCUGGGCCUGCUGCAGUCUCACCCCCAGGAGCAGAUGUACUUCCAGCGGGAGCCUGCCUAUGGCCCUGUCGAAGAUGACCACGUCCCCUUCCUUCGCAAAGGAGUGCCGGUGCUGCACCUCAUCGCCACCCCCUUCCCGUGGGUCUGGCACACAAUGGAGGACACGGAGCAGAACCUGCACCCCCCGACCGUGGAGAACCUCUGCAAGAUCCUGGCUGCCUUCCUGGCUGAGUACCUGUGGCUGUGACUGCCCAGAGCCUCUCCUGGUGAGGGGACCAACCCCUCCCUGGGCCUCGCAGGAUCCUUUGCCCCUCCUAGGCUGAGCUCCAUGGGGCCAGCGGCCAAAACACCCUAGGGACCAGGCAAGGUGGCUUGGGGGGCCCAGGCUGUGGCAGCCCCGCAGGGGCUUGAGGAGGUGUUACAAUGCUGGGAGGAUGGGAAGAGAGAUUGUGCUGAGUCUGUUCUGGGGCUGUGGCCAGCCCAGGAGUGAAACCUCUUGCUUGAGCCCCUUGAGGUUGGGCCUUCCUGGGCUUUACACGCCCUCCAGAGCUCCAGCCGCCAGGGCCUGGAAUAGCCUCUUCCUAGUGCGGGGCCUGGAUCCCAGCUGGUCGCGUCCCCCGGGGUCCACGGCUCAGAAGCCGGAAUAACUGGGCUGAACCUGGACUGUGCCAGGGGCAGGACACCGGGGGCUGCGGAGGGGUGGGGGGCAGACCUGCACUCUCUGCAGCGCGGCCUCCAGCUGCCAGCCCACCAGGGGUUGCUCCUGUUUACGGGACCCAUCCAGUCCUGGGGUGCCGGGCUCCCAGCCUCGCUCAGGGGCUGCUCCACAGCGACUCUCGUAACAAAGAGCUGCCCCCUCAGUGCUGCUGCCCCCUUCCCACAUGCUGGGCAGCCCUGGGCACUGUGGGGCUGGGACACUGCUCCUGGCAUGGCUGUUCCCUCCGCUCCAGCCCGUCCUGCCAGUCUCCAGCCGCAGCCCCAGCUCCCAUCAGCAGGCGCAAACCCCAGCUCCCCUCCCCUUCCUUCAGCUUAGGGCUGCCGGCCUGACUGUGUGUGACCCAUGCGGAACCAGUGCCCCCUUGGUUUCUCUCCACCUCCUCCCUCUGGAUUGAGAGGCAGCACAGCCUAGUGGGCAGAGCACUUGACUGCACCCAUGGGAUCUGUUCCACGCUCUGCCACUAACUGGCCCUGUGAGUUUGGGUAAAACCCUUUUCCCCUCCCUGUGCCUCAGUUUCCCCUCCCAUCCUUUGUCUAAUUAGACUGUGAGCUCUUUAGGGCAGGGACUGUCUGUCUCAUGUUCUGUGUGUAUAGCACCUAGCCCAAGGGGGCCUCUUAGUGCUAAUCUGACAGACCAUAAUCACACCCUCUCAGCUCGCCCAGCCCAGCCCAGCGGCAGGGUGGUGAUGGUUUAACAGGAGAUGAAAUGAUUCCCGGCACUUCAACUUUUCAUGUGCUAGAAGCUGGUUUAUUGUCACUGCUCAGUAGCUCCCAAGCAAAGCAAGCGCUAAGCCGCGGGGCGCUGAGGUAAAGGCAAAUUGCACUUGAACUAAAAACCCCUUUGUGGGGCUCUACGACCCACCCGACGGGUCCUUCCCCGUCCAAACACUUUGCCCCCCUCGGUGAGAGAGGCUCGUGGGAACGGACUGUCGGGGCGAAAGGGGCGAGGGCUGAAAGCUUUGAGAGCCAGACCCUGCGGGGGCCAGGCAGAGCCGAGUGUCAGGGCUCGGGGACACUUGGGUUCCCUUUGUGGGGGGUUAACUAGCGACCGGUUUCUGGGGGAUUCCAGAUGAAAUCUUCACUGCAGAGCUUGGGGGGCUGGGGGCAGAGGCGGAUUUGACUCUGGGAUUGAGAAUUGCUCGGUCGUUUCACACGGGAAUGGAGGCGAUGUUUCCUGAGCUGCCCAGGGAUUGGCAGGGCCGUUGCCACAGAGCUCAGCUGAGGCUUGGCCCCACCCCCCUGGAUGCUGUAAGACCCUGGGCCUGGCUGUGUGUGGACCCGGGCUAAGCUGACAUGCCCGUUGCGGGCGGGAGCGAGGGGCUCGGCCUGGCGUCUGCCGAAGGAAGCAGUCUGGGGGAGGCAGGUGGCUCCUAGGUGCUAUUAGAAAUCUGAGCCCCGUGGGAGGGCAGCAGAGCCCAGGGGAGACGGGAGCGUAACCCCAACUCUCAGAGCCGUGCUCUCCGGGCCCCAGGAGGCAGCAGGUGGGCGAGAAGCGGGAGGCUGCCCCCUGCUGGGGGGCAGAGGUGCUGCUUGAGCAGGCAGAAGCCGCGGGCGGGGUCAGCGAUGGGCGCAGGGGCUGCCUCGAGGCUGCAGGGACUCAGGCUUCAAACUCAGGCCACUGGCUUAUGGCGUCGUAGAGGGCGUCCCCGGGGCAUUCGGUUGACUUCACGUCUAGAUGCCCCUUCAGGGUGUAGCUUUCGCUCAGGAAGCCCCCGGAGACAGGACAUUGGAUCAGGCUCUUGGCAGCGGUCAGGGUGGUGUUGUCAGGGGCUGUUUCUGCAGGACACCAGUGUUAGAGAGCUUAUUCCUUCACUCUCCCACUUCCCUGGUCCUUCUCACAUGAACAGAGAGCAACAAUACCCGAAGUCCGAAGGUGCAAACAAUUCGAUGUUUAUUGGGGUGAACUUCCAGCAAGCUUAAAUACAAGUUCCUUUUCCUUAUUUCCGAAUCCCAACUUACUUCCUGUUUGCCCCUAAUUUAUAUAGUAAUAUUCUUAGCUAUACCUUAACCAAUCAUUCUACUAAAAUUUAACUAACCAAUCCUAACAUAUUGUAACAUGAUUAUGUAACCAAUUAUAUCCCACCACCUUAAUUAGUUUACAUCCAGCAAAAUUAAUUAUACAGCAGACAGGAACAAUCACAGAACCAGACAGAGAUUAUACAGACAAACAAUAGCAAAGUGGGAACUAUAAUGGCAAGACAAUACAGAAGUGAGGAUUUCACAUCCCAGUAUUGAUAAGUGAGUUCUUGCCAGACAGGAUGCUAUCAAACUAAGUUUUCUUUUACAUUUUCUAGGCACUUCCCUUUCUCUGGAGGUGAUAGGAAUACAAUCCUGUCCUGAUAGUGCCUAACAGCCCAAUAGCACCUUAUUUCAAUGUGACUAGUUUGGAAUGUGAGGAUGUGACCGUUCGCUUCCCAGCUUAUGGCUGCCUCUGCUGCUUAGCCAAAGGCCUGAGCCUAAGAACAGGGCCCCAGACUGUCACAGUAAGAGAAGGACCUUACAUUGGCAGACAGUGAUUUUGAUUCUUUCUUUCAUACCUCUAACUAGCCAAGUGAUAAGAAUACACCUAAAUUCUUAAAGUACAGGCCUUUACAGGCAGGCCUGAAUAUCUAUAUCCUAACAACCAGCAGCCCCCUGUUAAUUUCACACACGCCCCUGGCCCCUCUCUGCUGCUCAGGGGAUGUGAAUGUGGCCUGAGUAAAUAAACACCCUCUAGCCUUGUUCUUGA